UUGAAGAAGUGAGCUUGUGACUGAGGUUUUGCGGAACUAAAGAAAAAACAGUGCUUGAAUACUUUCCUGCCGUGGUACCACUGAGCAAGGCGUUCGUUCAACCUCCCUCAACUCAACCGGGACCCCAAAAACAACACUUGGUUGCACUGGACAGCUGUAAUGUGCAUGAAUGAAGGGGACUUUCCUGGGUGUGGUUUACAGUGAGCAGACAGGAAGAUGGACGAGCUGCAGGAUGUACAGCUGACUGAGAUCAAGCCCUUGUUGACCAAUAAGAAUGCUCGCAACUUUCAAGACUUUGACUGCCAGGAGCAUGACAUUGAGACUCCCCAUGGCGUUCUCCAUGUGACUAUGAGAGGUGUUCCCAAGGGCAACAGACCCGUCAUCCUCACCUAUCACGACAUCGGCCUCAACCAUAAGUCGUGCUUCAACACCCUGUUCAACUAUGAGGACAUGCAGGAGAUCACGCAGCACUUUGCUGUGGUUCACGUGGACGCGCCCGGCCAGCAGGAGGGUGCACCUCCCUUUCCCAGCGGCUACCGCUACCCAACCAUGGACGAGCUGUCUGAAAUGCUGCCCUCUGUGAUGACUCAGCUCAAGGUCAACAGUGUGAUUGGUAUCGGUGUGGGAGCAGGAGCGUACAUCCUCACCCGCUUUGCACUGAACAACCCCACCCUGGUGGAGGGGCUGGUUCUUAUCAAUGUUGACCCGUGCGCUGAAGGCUGGAUCGACUGGGCAGCUUCAAAGCUGUCUGGAUGGACCAGUAACUUGGUGGAUAUCGUCAUGUCUCACCACUUCAGCACUGACGAGCUGACAGACAACCAGGAGCUGAUCCAGACCUACCGCCUCCACAUCGCCCAAGACAUCAACCAGGACAACCUGGCCCUCUUCUGUGGCUCCUACCAAUACCGUCAGGAACUGGACAUCGAGCGGCCAAUCGUAGGCCUUAAUGAGGACACCGUCAACACACUAACAUGCCCUGCAUUGCUGGUGGUUGGUGACACGUCACCUGCUGUGGAGGCUGUGGUGGAGUGCAAUUCCAGGUUAAAUCCAACCAAGACCACACUGCUAAAGAUGGCUGACUGUGGAGGCUUGCCCCAGGUAGUGCAGCCAGGGAAACUUGCUGAGGCCUUCAAGUACUUUGUUCAGGGCAUGGGCUACAUGCCAUCAGCAGGAAUGACUCGUCUGGCUCGCUCCCGCACCACCUCCUCUUCCAGCAUCACCUCCAUGGACAGCAGUCGUAGCCGCAACAACCUCAACAGCCUGCUGGAGGGAAGCGCCGCCGGGGGCCUGGACAGCCAGACCAGACCCCAGACCAUGGAGGUUUCCUGCUAAACCCUCCCCCCUCCCUCACUCCACCCUAUCUCUCCUCCCUCCCCCCACUGCACCCUCCCAUAGUAACUUAUGUGCCCUCUCCCUUCUCUCUUUCUCUCUCUUCCCGCUCCUAAGCAACGCCAGGAGGAUCUGUAAUGAACUAUGUGAUUAGAAAAAGAGGAUGUAAUAAAUAUAUUAACAGAUGCAUAUUGUUAAAUAUUAUAUUGAAUACACUGUCAAAGUCACAUUCCUAUCAGAAACCAUAACUACAUUCAGAUGUGUUGUAUAUUCAGAUGCUCAAAUCGUGAUCGACUCAACUGUCUAACCUCACCUCCUUUGUAUUUAUUUUUUUCACGACAUCUUUUGUUUUAAAUGUCUUCACACACCGUAGAAAUCCUCCAUGCAUUCUAAAUAACUUUUUUUCUGUCAUCACACGGUACAACACCUUUCACUAUGUUAACUGAUGUUUUUGUUGUGAGCUCUAAACAUUGAUUUAGGGCUACAUUGAUUGUGACUCACUGUAUCUUUGUGUGUUUUUAAAAACCUGCUGCAGUGCAUUUAUAGAGGGAUCACUACUGUAGCUGCAGAAGCAGGAUUGCAGCCUAAAACGACGACGCCAGGUAAAGCUGCGCAGUCGAUACAUGCAAGAACCAUCAUCGAAUACUAUAAUCAAAAACAUACAAGAACAUUAAGUGUUUAAAGGAAGCGUGUCACAUUAUUGUCAUUUCUUUUGGAUUCUUUUUGUAAACUCAUCGCCUUCUUUUUCUUUCUGCUUUGUGUUGAUGUUGAUGUUUUUUGUUCAGUUGAUUUAGAUUUUAGUGAUGUUUUAGCAACCUUUAACAUGUGGGUUCUGGUGUGACAAGUAUGAGUCCCUUCACCGAGGGGACCCACUGGUGCUUCUCACUGUCUGCUGAUUCAACUCAUUUAUAUUACUACUGAAUAAAGCUACAACA